AUGCCGAAUAUAGAAACAGCAUCCAACUUCCUGGAGACGCUUAACAAGGCACAUUCCUCCAUAAAAUUCACGAUGGAAACCAUAUGCAAUGGCAUGCUCCCAUUUCUGGGCAUCCAGUUACUGAAUCGAUCACCUCAAAUAGAGACAAAGGUGUACGUAAAACCCAUGAAUUCAAGUCUGCUCUUACAAUAGCAGAGUCACGUUGACAAUCGGUACAAACAGGGUUUACUGAGAACAAUGCUGGAUUGAGCAUAUCAUUUAUCUUCUUGUUGGUCACACUUCUCAGACGAAUGUAACCGAUUGAAGACAGCAUUCUCACAUUUAAAGUACCCCAAACACCUCGUCAACUCUAACAUUAAAAGUUUAGUUGACUCAAAGGUUUGUGACCAGCAGCGACCUUUAUCACCAGCUAAAGAGACGGACGACACAGUUCGAGUGGUUUACCAUUUAAAGACCAAAUCUCAGCAGAUAUUGUGAAAGAACAACUCAAGGAUCUGAGCCUAAAAGUAAACACCACCAUCAAGCCUGUGUUUGCCAGCGGGAAAAUUGAACAAGAACUGAAUGUGAAAGAAGCAAACCCACCGAUCGUAAAUGAACAGUGUGUAGUUUAUAACUUCCAAUGUGACCUUUGUGAUGCAGGCUAUGUAGGUUACACAUGCGGACAUUUCCACAAUCAUGUAAAAGGACAUAAACAACAGUCCUCUGCCACUGGCAAACAUUACAAGACAAUCCCUCGGGACCUGCUGAAACNGUCAACUCUAACAUUAAAAGUUUAGUUGACUCAAAGGUUUGUGACCAGCAGCGACCUUUAUCACCAGCUAAAGAGACGGACGACACAGUUCGAGUGGUUUACCAUUUAAAGACCAAAUCUCAGCAGAUAUUGUGAAAGAACAACUCAAGGAUCUGAGCCUAAAAGUAAACACCACCAUCAAGCCUGUGUUUGCCAGCGGGAAAAUUGAACAAGAACUGAAUGUGAAAGAAGCAAACCCACCGAUCGUAAAUGAACAGUGUGUAGUUUAUAACUUCCAAUGUGACCUUUGUGAUGCAGGCUAUGUAGGUUACACAUGCGGACAUUUCCACAAUCAUGUAAAAGGACAUAAACAACAGUCCUCUGCCACUGGCAAACAUUACAAGACAAUCCCUCGGGACCUGCUGAAACGUUUCCAAGUGGUUAAGAAAUGCAGGAACAAAUUUGACUGUUUAGUGUACGAAAUGCUUUUCAUAAGAACCUUACAUGUCCAGCCAAAUCUCAACGUACAAUCAGACUCUAUUUGUGCGAAAGUCUUUUCAUAA